AUGGCGGGCAUCGAGCAUCUCGAGGUCCAUAGCAGGUCCUAUAUCGUGCGCUGGGUGCAGGUCGACGAAGGCAACACGGUGUCAUGGAGUGUCCAACCUCAUAAGAAGUCAAUCAACUUUGGCAUUGUCAAGCAUCCUGGCAACGGUGCCACUGCUUUGCACUCGGCUGCCAGUGUCGGCGAAGUCCCAGAUGGCGCGUCUCGAACCCACGGCGAAUCCGAAGGCAAGACGAGCCGCAUACCGAAACGCGACUCGACCGCGCAAGACUUGCUGGCCAAGAAGGGCUUCAUAUCAGUCAAGUGGCUGGGCAAGUGUGAGGCGGACAAGGUGUCCAUGGGGACGCACGACGUCGGCGUAGGGGACGGCGGCAUGUACGGGCUCGUUUUCGACAACACAUUCUCAAAACAGACCUCAAAGACGGCUACCUUUGUGGUCCUCACCUAUCCAACGGACGCUCCACCGCAGACUGUGAACCAUCUGCCGAAUCUACAGCUACCGAACUCGAUGCAGAGCCAGACGAGCCUCGCGAAAUACGUCCCCAACCUCGAAGGAGGCGCCUCCCAGUCCUCGGAGAGUCUUCACAGUCAUGGAGGUAGACCAAAAUCCGUCUCAGGCCGAAGUGAAGGGGGUUCGGCACCGACAAAUUACCACGUUGGCACUCUGUCCAAGAGACGCCGCAAGAAGGGCCAGGGCUACGCCCGCCGCUUCUUCUCGCUCGACUACUCGACGUGCACGCUAUCGUACUACUACAAUCGGAAUUCUUCUGCUUUGCGUGGCGCCAUCCCCCUGAGCCUCGCGGCUGUCGCGGCGGACGAGCGCAGGCGGGAGAUCAGCAUCGACUCGGGCGCAGAAGUCUGGCAUUUGCGGGCACCCAACAGCAAGGAGUUUGAAGAGUGGGCAAAGGCCCUGGAAAGGGCGAGCAGGCUCGCUCGGGGAAUCGAGACCAUGCCGCAGCGCCACAAUAGAGCCAGCAUGAUGAAGCUCGAUACGCGCGUGCCUCGUGGGCCUGCACCUACAAGCCAGGACGAGGAGAACGAAUGGCAUCAGGUUGAGACCUUGGUCAGUCGCGUGGUUGGCACCCGCGACGCCUUGCGCCGGCUGACCAAAGACAUAACCGCCCCAGCGUGUCCGCCGUCCGGCCAGUUCUUGUCGCCAAGCGCUUCGGGCGCCAUAGAUGAGCGAAGUGAUGGCUACUUCACCCAACCGGAGAAGAGGCCCUUUUGGAGACGGAAGUCGAGUGCUGCUACCCCAACGUCGGCCCUAGCGCAACAGGCUAUAGGCCCAGCAAUGGCGAUGCCCUCUCCCGGGAGCGGCAAUGCGCCCAUGAACGGCGCACGAGUGACCAAGGGCAAUGCCAAGGGAUCAAACGGACAGGCGCAAGAGGAAAGGUCCGUUGAAGACCACUGCCAAGCUCUGCUGACGGACCUGGAUUCUGUUGUCCUGGAAUUCACGACCCUUAUCAACAACAGUAAGCGUCGCCGCAUGCAAGCCCCCUUGUCUGCGGGCGGUGCCUCGCGCAAGAGUAUCGAGACGGUGUCCACUGCCGACGAAUUCUUCGACGCAGAAGAUGCCAAAUCAGGUGUCGUUAAAGUUCGAGAUAGCGAGGACGACGAAGACUCCGAUGCCGAGGAUGAGAAUGACCAUUCGUCGGUGUCGUCUGGGGAAGGUGAUGAGAUGACUGCCAUGGGCGACGCAGGCCUCUACCCUGCGAAGCCCAAGAGCCUCAUCCCUCUGCCUAUCGAGAAGCGCCUGCAACGCCGGACGUCGAUACCUCAGGCCACCGUCAUGCCACCGAGCCUGAUAGCCUUUGUUCGCAAAAAUGUGGGCAAGGACUUGAGCACCAUUACCAUGCCUGUGUCUGCGAACGAACCUAUUUCGGUGCUUCAAAAAGUUGCCGAGCAGCUCGAGUAUGCAGAACUGCUGGAUCAAGCCGUGAAGCAAAAGACGCCCACGGAGCGCCUGCUCUACGUUACCGCCUUUGCCGUCUCGCAGUUCAGCAGCAGUCGCGUCAAGGAGCGUGCUAUCCGCAAGCCUUUUACGCCGCUGCUCGGUGAGACCUUUGAACUCCUGCGCACCGAGCACGAGGUCCCUGGUGGUUUCCGAUUGCUUGUGGAGAAGGUGUCCCAUCGUCCACUGCGACUCGCCAUGCACGCCGACUCUGCUAAUUGGUCCUUUGCCCAGUCUCCAGCACCGGGCAACAAAUUCUGGGGCAAGAGUGCGGAAAUUACCAUGGAGGGACGGGUGCGCGUCGCCUUACGCUUGCCCGACGGCAACGACGAGUUGUACUCGUGGAAUGUUGGCACAAUGUUCUUGCGUAACGUGGUCAUGGGCGAGAAGUACGUGGAGCCCACCGGCACGAUGCACGUCGUGAACGACUCUACCGCGCACAAGGCCACCGUGGAGUUUAAGGGCAAGGGUAUGUUUGGGGGCCGCAUCGAGGACGUCAAUGUGACGACGUUUAGCCCUGACGGCAGCAACACCGGCAGUGGGUUGGUCGGCACAUGGACUUCAGGUCUCCGAACCCAAGGGCCAGGCAAGGCGGCUAGCGACGAGAUCUGGCAGGUCGGCCCCCUCGUGCGGAACGCGCCGCAGACGUACGGCUUGACCGAAUUCGCUGCCGGCUUGAAUGAGAUUACCAGCAUCGAAAAGGAUCACAUGGCACCGACGGACUGCAGGCUGCGACCGGAUCAGCGCCGCGCAGAAGAGGGCGAUCUGGACGAGGCCGAGUCACUCAAGCUGCAGCUCGAGGAGGCACAGCGCACACGACGCAAGGAAAUGGAAGCCAGAGGCGAAGAACACCAGCCGAGAUGGUUUGUGCGGGCAGACAACACGCCUGACGGCGAGGAGCUGUGGAAGAUCAAGAGCGGCAAGGACUCGUACUGGGAGGAGCGAGCCCGGGGAAGCUGGACCGGCGUGCAGGACCUUUUCAACGUGUAG